AUGUCACAUUGGAGAGUUUUGCAAUGGAGGGCAUUUGCUAGAGAAUGGCUUAUUUAUGACGCCUUCAUGCAGUGUCCUAUGCUGUCGGCCGAAAGAAUCGCGAAGUAUUUAACGGGAAAGCAUAUUCGGUACUACGACCCUAGUGCCGACUUUGGAAAUCAUGUUGUCGUGAUCAAUUCUAGACACAUUGCUGCAAAAGACAAUAGUCGAUAUUGGAAACGGUUCUUAUACACUAUACAUACAAGGUUCCCUGUGAAUCGCGUUGAAGAAACAAUGGAGGAAAUUCACCGGCGUGACCCCACUGAGGUUAUUCGUUUAGAAACUAAAGCCGUCUUACGAAAUAAUGAAUCUCGUAAAUACCAAUUAUCUCGUCUUCAUAUAUACCCUGAAAAUAUUGAAACUAUUCCCAAGGACAUUAUUGCCAAUAUUUCAGGAGUAAUACCACAAGUCAUGAAAGUUCCAAAACGCCUUGAGGAUUACUCUACUGAAGAACUUAAUGAAUUUCCUAAACUUUUCGAUUGGCCCGAAGAUUAUCAUGUUGCCCCGCUUAGUCCGAUGGCGAUGAAGCUGAAAACGGGAGAAUCAAAAUGA